AACGUUGUUUCGAAUCUCGUUAAAUCAUACAAAUAUCUAGGGUCAUCCAGGGCCAUCCAUUUUUGUAAGUAUAGCUGGAUCAUCAUCAUGGAGCACAAGACGUGGUGACGUGUACACAUGCAGGUAUACACAGUGUGUAGUAUACAGGGCGCUCUACUUAUGGUGCAGCUGGCUAAGUUAUUGUGCAACGAUUGCUAUGAGAAGGGAUUGACAAAUGGCUGGCAUAGAUGAUGGGGAGGUCGAUUUCUCGAACCAGGAGAUAUUUGGGGGCACCAAUAUGCCCGUAGAUGAUCUUGAUAGUGGGAAUUCUAUGGAGAGGUUCUUUGAGGAGAUUCUAAGGGACACUCAUGCAUGCACUCACACACAUACCUGCAACCCUCCCGGACCAGAUAAUACUCAUAGCCACACAUGUUUUCACACGCAUACAAAGAUCCUCCCUGCUCCAGAUGAGGAGAAAUCGGCAGACAGCACACAAGACAGUUCAUCGAAGGCAAAGAAGAGGUCUGGGGGUAAUAGGGAGGCAGUCAGAAAAUACAGGGAAAAGAAGAAGGCUAGGACAGCAUCCUUGGAAGAGGAGGUUUCGCAUCUGACAGCUCUGAAUCAGCAGUUGAUGAGGCGAUUGCAAGGCCAGGGAGUAUUGGAGGCUGAGAUUGCGAGGUUGAAGUGCUUGCUUGCUGAUUUCAGGGGCCGAAUUGAUGGGGAAUUGGGGUCUUAUCCAUAUCAGAAGUCAGCAACAAGGACAGAAAAAGCAACAGAUGCUCAGUUUUUGCAGCCAUUGCCUGGGGGAUAUGUAAUCAAUCCCUGCAAUGUUAGGUGCAAUGCUGAUGUGAGUUGCCCGGCUCCUCUGUUGGCAUCUGACGGUGACGGUGGUGUGCAGAAUGAACAUGGGAGCACCGGGUGUUGGAAUGGAGGGUGUGGUCAGAUUCCAGCGCCUAAUUGUCAAGCUUUGAAGGAUGAUAUGGGAGUUACCUCUAGUGGGCUUUCUGCAUGUUCAGAAGGGGCUGUGACAAAGAUGAUACCUGUGAUGACUUCAUGUGGAAAACAGAAGAAAGGUACAUUUUCUGCUCAGUGAUUGCUGUACAUCCUGUAAUCCUUAAGCCUCUAGAAUUCUCUGCUUGGCAGAUAAUUUUUGCCCUUAUUUUUGGGACAGGUAUGCGUCAGUAAGCAAAAAAAAUUAGCAAUUAUGUUCCAUCUUUCAUUUCAUUUUCUGUGAUAAUUGAUAAAAACUUAAAAUAGUCAGGUAUUGGCUUCCUGGCUUCUAUGAGGUUUUACGUCUUCUGUGUCGUAUGACUCUUUUUGUUUAUUCUAUUUUAAAUUUGGGACAUCCUGCACAGCCUAAGGUGCUGGCCUCUGUGCACAUGAUAAUGGCUAAUAUUCAAUAGAAAACUGAUGAUUUUCUAUAGUACUGUACAGAUCAAUGCGAUAAAGUGUGCUCAACUUUAGCCUAUUAUAUUUC